AUGCCAAAUACUGCUAAAAACCACCAAGAAUGCAGGAAAUCUGUUUGUUUUCUUUGUUUUAGUAAAAGUCAACGAAAGCUAACAUCAAAUCUAAAAGAAAGAUGUCAGAUUAUACUGAAAGAAAAAAUCAACUUUAAUGAUGACAAAGUUCCACUUGGAAUAUGUGAAAAAUGUCGCUCUUGUUUAAGAAGGAAGGAAAGUGGAGAAGACAUCACACUCCCAUCAUUGUAUAAGUUUGAGACUAUAAAACUUCGACCAGAAACUCGAGACUCUCACUGUAACUGCUUGAUCUGUUCAAUUGGUAAACUGAGACACAAUGGUCAAAUGAAAAUUGAAUUCGCACUAAGUUCAGCAACUAGAACACCUUCUUUAACAGUAGAAAAAAGAUGCUCAGACUGUUUUUCAAUUAUUGGUCGAGGAUUGCCUCACAACUGCACAAAAGGCACUUUGAGAAAUAAUCUUGUUGCUGUAGUAACAAAGGAUCCUUUGGCAUCAGAAAGAAUUGCAGCUCUUGUUGUUUCAAAUAAAGCUCCUUCUCCACAUGGAACUGUUCGAUUAAGUCAACUUUAUGGUGGAAGAAUGCUUCCAGUAACACCAAGUUCGUCAUCAGCUAGACAACUUUUCUCUUCAAAUUCAUCAAUAAGUGUAAAAGACCUUGCUAAAGUUCAAGCAAACACAGGGCUUUCAAACAAUGGCAUUAAGAGGUUAGCAGCUACUAUUAAUCAGUCAACCUCACAACAGAUUGUUGAAAAAAAUUACGCCAUAAAAUUUGACAAAUUCAGCAAGCAACUUGUACAUCAUUUCACAAGUUCAUUAAUUCAAGAUCACGCUGGAUGUGUGAGGACAGUCAUACAUUGCAAGAACUUCCAUGAGCUUAAAAAUGAAAUUAUAGCCAUGAGAAGUACAUCAAAAAAUCACAUUGUAAAGGUUGGAAUUGACGGAGGAGGUGGGUUUCUGAAAGUUACCCUGGGAAUUAUUGAAUUAAAUCAUGAACCUUGCAUUCCCCCAGCAAAAAUCAACUGCACAAUCAAGGUUUUUAAGGACACUGGUGUAAAACAACAACUAGUCAUUGCUGUCUGUGAGGAGCUUCAAGAAAGUUAUACUAACGUUUUGCAAGUAUUUGAGUUGAUUAAAUUGAAAGACCAGGAGUUUGUCAUGUCCUGUGAUCUAAAACUUGCUAAUAUAAUUUGUGGGCUUCAAGCACACUCAAGUGCACAUCCCUGCACCUGGUGUGAAUCUGGUUCAAAAGAACUUGUAAAUCAAGGGAAAUUGAGGACUUUUGAAUCUCUGGAAAAAAAUGUCUCACUCUUCAAGUCAGCUGGUUCCAAUAUUAGAAAAGCUCGUGACUAUAAAAAUGUUGUUCAUUCUCCAAUAUUUAAACUACCUGGAGACACUUUGGUUUUGAAUUUUCUUCCUCCCAUGGAAUUGCAUCUCUUUAUUAGAGUUGUUAAUCAUCUUUUUGCUGCGCUGCUUAAAGUUUUUCCUCGAGUAACUCUUUGGACUGAUGCAUUACACAUUAAACAACAACCUUACCAUGGUGGACAUUUUGCAGGAAAUGAGUCCAGAAAGCUGCUACACAAUAUUGAUAUUCUUCAAUCAAUCGCUGAGAAACACUCAUGCUAUGCAGCCAUCCCAUUCAUUGAUGCUUUUCGAAAAUUCAAUGCGGUAGUAUCUGGCUGUUUUGGGUGCAACCUUAAUCCAAACUACCCACAAAUAAUUGAAGCAUUCAGAGUGUCUUAUCUGGCAUUGCAAAAUGUGUCUGUAACACCCAAGGUCCAUGCAGUAUUUUUUCAUGUAAAAGAUUUCAUCGACAGAUAUGGCCAGGCUCUUGGGCUUUACUCAGAACAGGCAACAGAAGCAAUGCAUCACAACUUUCAGAUACAUUGGCAAAGGUACAAAAGACCCAAUCAUCAUCCAGAAUACAGUAAGAAGUUGCAAUGUUGCAUUGUUGACUUCAAUACUAAACAUUGUUUGUGA